CAAAAACUCCUUCAACGCAUAAAAACCUUUUUACUUACUUUCACUCCCAAAAUUCUUAUACCUCUCUCUAAAUCCACAAAACCCUAAAAUCUUCUCCUAGGAAGAUCAUGGCAAACAAGCGCUCUCGCCCCGGCCGCUCUCAAAGCUUUACCGACAUUGCCCUUUUCGAUGCCCCGCCUCCGCAGCCCUUUUCGGAGCUCCCGCCGGACCCCUCCGCGUUGCUGUCUAAUAACCGGCUCCUGCAUAAUCAACCUCGCCAGAUUGUGUUCUCAGCUCUAUCGUAUUCAGCGCCGCUGGAUCCUCGCCGCCCUAAUGUAGAUUUUCUUGAAAUAUGCUCUACUUGCAAGAAGUGGGUGGACCAUACCAAAGAUAUCUACAUGUACAAUGAUUCUUCUUUUUGUACCCAGGAGUGCCGCAAUGUGCAAAUUGCAAUUGACAAGGCAGCAGAGGACGCACGUAAAAAAGCAAAGAGCAAAAAGACUUCAAACAGGGGAAUGAAUAGGUGAUGAAUCAAAUUUCAUUCUCAACCGAACGGGAUCAGAACCACGGCUUGUAUAUAUGUACUUAGUGAUUUGGCGAUGUUUAACUAGUGCAUGCCUGCUUGGUUUUUAGAUUGGCUUGCACUUAGGUGGCAUAUCAUUUAGGUAGAAUUCCUUCUGUCUCUUUUUCUUUUUAAGGAUUAGAGGUUUCUUUACCAAGACGUAAUCUUGAUAGUGUUUUUUCCCUCAAUUUCUAGUCUCUUUGCCAAAUUGGUAUUUUGUGAAUGCAUUGAAGUUUUGCUAGUUGCUACAGAGUCUUGUUUAUAUGAUGAAAUGAGCUGAAGAUGUAUCUUUUCAGUUAGUUUAUAUAUUCAAUUGCACGAAAAUAAUGUCUUAUUUGAUAUAAAAUUCACAUUCUCAAGUUUUAGACACUCAAAAUAGAAUUUCAAGUCUGCACGAAUUCUUUUUUUUUUUUUUUUGAAAUUGAGUGAAUGAACUUUGAGAAUGUGAAUUUGACAUUUGACAACCUUGCCGGUGGGUAUUUAUCACUUUCAUUGUUCUGAUUCCACAAGUAGCAAACUGACUUGAGUAUGAAUGCUAUAAUUUCAAACCCGAAUGAUUUAUUUGCAUGUCAUCUUUCUCCUAUAUAUGCAAUUCUUUUUCUUUUUCACACAUGCUAUUGAUAUCUCUUACAGUUUGCAGGUACAUUUUGUUAACAUUCUGAUGAUAUCUGGUGCUGUUUAUUUUCCACUAAUAUAGUAUAUAACUUGUUAUAUUCUGAUCAUAUCUAUUGUUUAUUUCCCAUGGAUCUAGUGAUAAGUUGUCACAAUGCAUUUUUCUGUUAAUUUUUGUUAAAUUAUAUCAGAACUCUAGAACGAUCUUGGACCUUUUCGAGGAGACUAUUGCCGAAGUCAAAGGAACAAUACCUUAUCAAUCUAUCUAAUAAGAAUUCAAAUAUUCGGAUUAUUUUGGUGGACCACUAUUAACUUGACAGUUUGAGACUCUGUUGCUGUAUAAAGCCCACUGGAUAGGUUUCUCUUCUCUCACAUGGCCCAUCGGUUCAUGUUUUCUUCUCCUCCCAAGGGCCCAUUAAAAAGGUAACAAUGAAUUCUGUACUAGUUCUCACAUUCUUUCUAUACAAUUCUUGAUCAUCUGACCCUAUAUCACUUGUUUUACAGGCCAUUAUAGCUUGAUGUACGGUGUUUGAUGUAGACUACACCACAAAUGAUAAGCCACCAAGGUACCUUUAAAAAAAGAAAAAAAAAUGCAAUGCAAAUCUCCGACGUAGCCCAGACUAGGCGCUGAGAAAGUUGAAUCAAAUGAUGGAUGACAUCUUUCGAAUCUUGAAGUGGGCAUUUUCCCUCUCAUGAUAUUUCAAUUUCCAUGGAAAAUUUGGUACUGGAGACUGUCUAAAAACCAUCGGGGAAAACGAGGGGUUGACUAUAGAGCAAGAAUAGAAGAAUUAUAUACACAUGAAUGCACGUGGGUAGUAAUGAAAGAUACCUUCUUCUUGAUCACAUGCACAGUGAUAUAUACAUGACACUCUACACUCUACUAUGAGAUCACACUGUAGUCGAUCUGUGAGUUGAAGAGGGUGUUAAAUUUGUUUUGCCUUGUCUUGUUGACUACACUAUCACAACACUGCGUACCCACAAAGGCUCUAGCUAGAGAAAACCUUGGUGUGUGUUCAUUCUUCUGUAUUCUGUAUCUCUCUAUCUUUGCGACUGAUAUACUCAGUAUUACUGACACUGCUUGUUCAACAAGCAACAGGUACAAAAAAAAAAAUGAAGGCAAAAGGGUUUAGAAA